AUGGGUACCGCAGAGCCCAUCGGGAUCUCCCCGCAUUGGGGGACGCCGUGGUGCGGGAACAGGUGCGGCGUGCUGCAUAGGCCGAUCCGCGUGUUCGUGAUGUGGUACGGCGUGUUCUCCGACGCUCAGAAGCAGACGCUCCGCACCUUCGUCGCAUCGCUCAGCCCCAACGCUGACACCGCCGUCACCGUUCCAUUGUGGUGGAACAUCAACCGGCUCUACUACGACGAGGAUGGCAACCACAUAUCGCAAUCCGUGACGUGGGGCGGCGAGGUGGAGGACAGGGCGUACAGCAAGGGCAAGACGAUGCUCAAAAGAGACAUAGAAGUGCUGCUCGGAUCGGCCAUUAGCAGCCAACAGCUGCCCCACGACCCCCGUGCCGUCUACUUCCUCCUCUCGGACGAGUUUGUCAACCAGUGCCCAACAUCCUGCCUCCCCAGGGACAUCCGCAGCGACGCGUCUCUGGCCCCCACGGGCGACGCAGGCAUGGAUGGCCUGGUCUCUGUCUUCGCCCACGAGCUCGCAGAAGCCGCUUCCAGCCCCUUCGUCUCCACAUGGUUUGACGGAGAGGGCAAUGAGAAUGCGGACAAGUGCUCCUGGAAGUUCACCCCCCUUAGCACUGACACCUCUGCCUUAUACCCUACCACUCUCACUGUCACCGACUUCGAGAAGCACCUCCUAGCAGCAGAGAAGAACAUCCUCGCUGUAGGUGCUGCUCGUGGUACUCCUCACACUCCCCUCUUUGAGGGGUGCUCCCCCUCCCCUCUUACCCCCUCCUACACCUCCGCAGCUGCUACUGUCAACCUCCUUGGUGCUGAGAAGGUCGCAGCUGCUUCCGCUCCUAGUGGGAAGCGCAGCGGCUCCAGGGGAGGCAGGGGUAGCGGACGUGGCGGUGGAGGGGGCGGUGGUGGAGGCGGCGGGGGAGGUGGAGGUGGUGGGGGUGGUCGUGGGGGUGGAGGUGGUGGUGGGGGCGGUGGUGGUGCCGGGAGCAGUGGCAGUGGCGGCAGCUGUGAUGGCGGAGGGGGUAGUGGUGGUGGCGGCGGUGGUGGGGGCUUGGGUGAGACCAGUGGUGGCCAGGGGCAGCAGCAGCAGCAGUAG